AAGCUAUUUAGUCGAAAAUAGUUUUGAAUAUAAAACGUGAUAAAUUAAUAGUAAAUUUAGUGGUUCAGUCACAAGAACAUUUCUUGUAGAAAUUUCCGAAAACAAGUUGUAAAGGUCAUGAAAGACUAUUUUGAUAAACACAAAAAAGCUAAAAUGUUUAUUGUCACAUUAUAACCGAGCCGGAUGGUUAUAUUUUUUUACCUGUUGCCUGCACUCGAAAAAACCGGUUGACUCAACACAUUCAAACAACGAUUAAACACACACCUUCUCACUGCAUCCGAGCGCUAACUAAUACGCGUAAAUUCGGUUCGGCUUGCGCCGCCGAUCGUCCUACCAUUCUAUAUAAGACGGUCCGGCCUAAGAGUAACCCUUUCAGUACACCUUGGGAUCUUCGCCGGUAAACGUCGGAAACUCGCUUCACAGAUUACGCAAAUUUCGUACAGUUAGUCCCAGUCAGUAGUGUCCGCGCUCAUUUUUCGCAAGAAUUCCGGCUGGUGAAAUUUUCUAGUGGUAUUAGUGGCUGUGAAAUAAUUGGAUUGCACCAUAUCGAUCCACGUAGAACCACGUAGCUUCGAAACUUUGCUGGACUUUGCGGCUUAACGAGACGCACUGAGCCGACCUUUACUCGAUUCGAUCGCAACUUGCAUGCCAUGCGCGAUAAACUCUCGCAUUACAUUUCUUCAGAAGCUGCAGCAGGCCAUGACUGUCGGAAAAGCAGUUCAUCCUCGGAUAAUAGUUUCGCAGGACAUAAUGUGUUAUUUAAAGACGUAUCAAGUGCAGACUGGAAUUCCCAAAGUGGGGACGGAACCAAGGAUGGCAACGGGAAUAUCGGGCGAGGGACGUCCGAAACGGCAGAGACCGACUCAUCAGGGACCGGGGGGAUGCGGGACUCGCUGGAGGGGACGGGCUCAGCGCAGAACGACCUUAUUCACCUCAAGAGACGGGUGGGACUCUUCAGUGGGGUGGCUUUAAUUGUCGGAACAAUGAUCGGGUCUGGAAUAUUUGUAUCGCCAUCUGGUUUACUGGUGCGAACCGGUUCCAUUGGUGUGAGCUUUAUUAUAUGGAUGGCCUGUGGGUUGCUCUCAUUGUUAGGUGCAUUGGCGUACGCUGAGUUAGGCACGAUGAACACAUCUUCCGGGGCAGAAUGGGCAUACUUUAUGGACGCGUUCGGCGCUUGGCCGGCAUUCCUCUUCUCCUGGGUAUCGACGCUAGUGCUCAAACCGUCCCAGAUGGCAAUCAUAUGCCUCUCGUUCGCCCAGUACGCCGUCGAAGCCUUCGUGGCCGAAUGCGACCCACCGCAGACCGUUGUGAAAAUGGUUGCAAUACUGGCGAUAGUGUGCAUUUUAUUUGUAAAUUGUUAUAGUGUUAAUCUAGGAAUGGCUGUUCAAAAUGUUUUUACCUCUGCAAAGCUGAUCGCGGUGCUGAUUGUAAUCUGUGGUGGCGCCUACAAGCUGUUCCAGGGCAAUACACAGCACCUGCAGAAUGCAUUUAGCGGACCGAUGCCCUCGAUGGGUGCGAUCGCAACAGCGUUCUACACCGGUCUCUGGGCCUACGAUGGAUGGAACAAUCUUAACUAUGUAACCGAAGAAAUCCAGAACCCCAGCAAAAAUCUGCCACGUUCGAUCAUAAUUGGCAUCCCGCUGGUAACGCUGUGCUAUGCGCUAAUCAAUGUGUCAUAUUUGGCCGCAAUGUCACCGACCGAGAUGAUUGAGUCGGAAGCCGUUGCUAUCACAUUCGGUAAUCGCAUCCUGGGUGUAAUGGCGUGGCUUAUGCCGCUAAGUGUCACCAUCAGCACAUUUGGCAGUGCCAACGGUACGCUGUUUGCCGCCGGAAGGCUGUGUUUUGCCGCCAGCCGCGAAGGACAUUUGUUGGAUAUUCUCUCCUAUGUACACGUGCGUCGUCUGACUCCGGCUCCCGGGCUGAUUUUCCAUUCAUUGAUUGCCAGCGCGAUGGUCCUGUACGGCACGAUCGAUUCGCUAAUCGAUUUCUUCAGCUUCACGGCAUGGAUUUUCUACGGCGGCGCGAUGCUGGCACUGAUCGUGAUGCGUUACACCAAACCUAACUAUCCGAGACCCUACAAGGUUCCACUUAUCAUUCCAAUACUGGUUAUGAUUAUUUCCGGCUAUCUGGUGGUAGCACCCAUCAUCGAAAAACCGCAGAUCGAGUACCUGUACGCAGUGUUGUUCAUCUUUGCUGGGCUCUUUUUCUACGUGCCAUUUGUACAUCUUGGAUACCAUCCGAAGUUUAUGGGCAACGUCACCUUAUUUUUCCAAAUGCUUUUCGAGGUUGUGCCCACCACAUCGAUGGCCAUGUUUGACUGAUCGGGCAGCCAGCACUAGUAGCGAAAAGACAAACUGAAUCAGCCAAGUUAAAGUAUAUCUAACCGUAGAUUUUUUUUUUCGUGAAUAGAAAAAGAUUGUUGAAUAGAGCGUAAACUUGCUUCACAAUUCAAGCUACACAAACGAAUCAAAUCAAAUCAAAUAGCAAUAUGAAGUAGAUUGGAAUGUGUCUCCUGCUUGAGACAGACAGAGAGAUUGAAAUGUCAUUAAUGAGCUUCACAGAAGGUAAGAACGUGCCAAUCAAACAAAUAUAUAACCACUGAAAAGUAAUAACACAAGGGCAGUAAGAUCGAGCAAGCAAAACACAUACAUAUUUCUGUUCUUGAUAUCGAUACAAGUAAGAAGAACAGCAUACGAGACACAACAAAACGAAAACACUGCUCAAAUCAGAACAACAACCCUAAACAAAUCGUUUUUCAAUAAUUUUGGAAAAGUAUACAUAUGCAAUAAUUGUUUCAAUCAAUAGCAAAAGAAGAAAAUCGCUAUCAGGCGAAUGUAGCUCUAAGUGAAAGAAGAAGCUAGACGUAUGAAUGGAAAAGGCUAUAUUUUAUAAACCAAUUUGGAAAAAGUGGGAAAAUAUUUAAACUCCAAGACCAAGCGUAACAUCAGCCGUAGUUUAAAUGUUAGAAAUCAUUGCAUAUGACGGCAAUGGCACACACAGAGUAGUAGUUUUUUGAUCAUUGUCAUUAGUUUUGGUUAGUUUACCAAAUGCAAAAACUUUGAACCACACUACUGCAGUGCGGAAUUACGUUUUGUAGCUGUAAGUUUUAUUUUCGUAUACUCAUCAGCCUCCCUGAGCGAGUGAUUCAUGUUUGAAGCUAGAAGUGUGAUAUUCAAAGCAGAAAUUCAGAUAAGCCGUUUGAACUUGUUUCAAAGCAUUAUAAAUUCAUCAAACCUUUUCUCUCUUCCAAACACAAAAGACCAUGCAAAGCUGCACGGAUCAUUCCCGGAUGGUUGUUCCCCGAAAGAUUAUCUUAUUAUGCAAGAAGAGCAUUCUUUUGUUGAGACAUAUAGAUUCUAAAUAUUUAAAAUCACGAUAGAAACUAAUUUUUGGGGAACAGCUAUUGCCUCGUCAGUUUGGUGCAGGAACUGGCGAUAUCAAAAUUUUUUUGAAGGAUUCGAAAAUCACACUAGCGAAAAAAAAAUACCAAAGAAAAACCGUCUGCCAUAAAUCCGAUGGAUGAGGCAAAUAUUUAAACAAUUCGACUGAGGAUGUAAUGUAGUUAAAAACAUGAACACCCGAGCUAAAGGGAAGUAUACCACACGUAAUGUAUUAAAAAAGUUCAUUGUAAAUGCACACAUCUUAUAGUAUCCUACUAUAAUACUACGUUAUCGCUGAUAUUAUUGCAUAAUUUUUGAUUGUAUAUAGCGUUGUUCGCUCGCGAUCCGAUCGGUACACCAAGGAGCUAUCAUUCCGUGCCGACGAAUCGUGUUCUAUCAUUCAGUGCUAGUAAGUUUGGUUAGCUUUAUUACCGUUUAUUUAUCUUUGAUACUGCUUUUGUCCUCAAUAAUACAUUACACAGUAGUAGCGUAUUAGACGUAUAGACUUAUUAAAAAAAAAUAAAAACAAAAACUGAAACUUCAUCAUUGUGACAAGCAAACAAACACACAAAACAAACAAUAAAAUGCAAUCGCCUAAUUCGAAACGAAUUGUUGUUACACAACGUCAAAGUCUGAAGCAACAUUGGCAGAUUAAUUAAAAAAUAAUAGUCGUGAUAAAGUACUGACCCUAGUCUGUUGAUCUAUUAUUAUACCGGUUGGAACCGAGAAAGAAGGAUAUAUUACUGUACUUAUUGAAUUGAGCAAAAUACUGUAACUGGAAUAAAGUAACACUAAUUGACACUAUUGGAAGCAGCACCUAUAAGGAAUUUUGAAUAAAGAGCAGAUUAUUUUAGGAAAGUG